ACGUCACUGGACGUAGCCUGUGACGUCACAACUCUCGUCAUCAUGUAUAAUAUGAUGAAUGAGUGACAAGGUCACUCGUGACGUGCAGUGGGCGGGGUCACAAGUACAAACGUGAGGUGCAUGUGAUCGACUUUUUUUGAUGCUAUUUUAUAUUUCUACCCUCCACCAAUUAUUUGUCUGCCAUUGUAAAAAUUGAAAUCUAAAAAUAGAAUUGUCUCACAAAAUAUGGAAAUUGCCAAACUAUACUACCCCUAUCAUUAAAAACUAUAAAAUAUUCAAUAAUAUAUUAUUAAUAAUAGAACACUCACAGGGCCAAUUAUCUGCCUUGAUUAUUUUUACUUUUUAAUGUUCUGUUACAGCAAGAUUCAGAGCCUGCAAAAAAAUCAAGACAAAAACCAUCACCAGACAAGUUGACAUUGACAUUGACAUUUAGAGAUGGACAUACAGUAUGUCCGGCUGUGGCUCAGGAGAGAGAAUGUUGUCCACUCACCAGAGAGUUGAUGGUUCAAUCCCUGGCUCCUCCAGUCCAUGUGCCGUGGUGUCCUUAGGGAAGACACUUAUCCAUAUAUCCCAUAAAUACAAUCCAUGAGUCAAUUAUUAUUUACUACUAUAUUAUUUGAGGUAUUGGUAGAGUAAAAACGUCAGUCUCUUACUUCCCCAUCUGAUCACACAAAUUUAAAUUGUGUGUUAUGGUGAUCAACUCAAACUGACAAAACACACAUUUUCUCAACACAUCAUUCAUGAGAUUAUUGCGUAAAAAGGUCACAGAACAAAAAAAUCAGUGAUUAGAUGAAAUACUUUACUAAUUUCAAUAGGUAUAAAAUGAGCAUGACACAUGGCCUAAUGAUUUUAGUUAUCCGGUAUAGGUCAGUCGUUUAAUAAAUGUACCACUUCAUAUUCAUUCCCCAUUGAUGUUUCCAAAGCUGAGGCUUUGCUCAUUUCUCCCUGACCCUGUUCUCUCUAGACCUGCCGUUCUCCUACUGGCCACCAGAGGGCCCCACACUCUCUGUCCCCAUUCCCAUCAGCUCACUUGUUUUCCAGUCACCUGAGCUUCUCUGCCCAGUCACACACCUGAACCCAGUUCCUGCAUCACCCAUUUCACGACUUCUUUGUCAGUUCAUCUGUCCAUGUUUCUGAGAGUUUUCCUUUCAUUUUCUUCUCCUUCUUCUAUGUUGGGAUAACUGGUGGGUAGUUCCCUGCCCAUCUGAACUCCUGUUUAUAAACCAAUCCUCCUGUGGGUUACUUUUUGUUCAUUUUUUUCGAGUACAUACAGUUAACUUCAAAGCACAAUAAAGUCAAGACAACAAUUGGAAUAAAUGGAGACAACAAGUGUAUUUACCAUAAAAGUUAUUCCAUUGUUAUUCAAUUGUCAAUUUAAAUGUGUGACCUAUACCAAGGCAAGGGGCCACAAAAGGAACCUUGACAUUGGAGCUUGAUAAUGACAUUGCCUUCAGAACUCUGAUUUUCUGAGCUCUUCACAUAAUUUACAUAUUAUUUGUCUGAAGUCACAAUAAUGUCUUUGAUUUAUCUGGAUGUAAUAUUUUCGCAGUAUAUAUUUGAUUGGUAACUAAUCAUCCACUGGUCACCUGCCAAAGCGUCAGCGUCGUCCUCCUCCUCCUGUCCAGCCCCUCCGAAAGGUUAUGACUCUCUUCAUGCUGAUUUGGUUUGGAUGAAUAGCGGCCUUUGUUUGGCCGCGGUUCCCACGACCCGGCAUUCGCCUGGCAGUCGCGUGGCUCUACAACACCGCCCCCUCUCCACCCCCACCCAAACUUUAAGGGAACUAAAGGGGGGGUAAUCUGGUCAACCUGACAUCUGCUCACCAACAGUUAAACAGCAGAUUUGAAAACAGUGUGGCCAACGUGGCCUUUACGCAGGUGUUGUUCUUGGAAGACACGUCCUUCCAAAAAAAACCCAAAAAACUAAGUCUCCUGCUCCAGCAGCUGUUUGGUAAACGUUGUGCCAUAUGGCAAUAUUGAUACGAGGAAGAAAAAACAAUCCAUGUCAUAUUUAAAGAUGAUACAGGCAAAUGUGUUCUUUAUAUGGGCAGAUUUAUUCUCAGGCGAUUUGUCAGUCCAUUGUGUCUUCCACUGAGCUGUGAGGGGAGAGGUCUGUGGCCUUGUCGCAGGUAGUGUACUGUUGCUCGUGAAGAGAAUGAGCGAGGGGCUCCCCGGAGUAAAGCCCGGUAACUGCACACUCUUGUUCCUCCCUGGGAGAAGAGGAAACUGCAGUUUCUCCCCCCCCCUUGUUGUUGUGUGGAGGGUGCAGAGAGGAGGGGGUGGCGCACGGUUUCAGGCUGGACAUCUGUCGCUUUUGAGGGAUUUUUUUUUUUUCUAGGCCGGGUCUCUCGGUUAUUGAAUGGAGCCAGUGACCUGUCAGUCUUGACUGACGGGACCCCGUGUGUGGGAAAAUCCCGCAGCCAAAGAGUUUGGCGCAUUCACAUGCUAAUGGCGCCCUAUAAAUACGAGGGCCGUGCCGCGCCGAGGGCCCUAGAGACGCGCUGAGAUUCAGAGGAGAAGGGACAGGAGCGCACAGCCACGGGAGGGGAGAAAAAAAGCAAACAUGACUGCUUCAUUCGUGGCGCACAACGUGGGGAAACAUCCCAGUGCCAAGGAGGAGAGAAAGAUGAGGAAGCCGCUCAUCGAGAGGAAACGGCGGGAGCGGAUCAACAAUUGUCUGGACCAGCUGAAAGAGACUGUGAUCGGAGCGUUCAGACUUGAUCAAUCCAAGCUGGAGAAAGCCGACAUUCUGGAGAUGACAGUGAAACAUCUGCAGAACAUCCAGAGCAACACACUCAACGACUCCACAUCAGGCCUGGAAGCCCAGCAGAAAUACAGCACAGGCUACAUCCAGUGCAUGCACGAGGUCCACAACAUGCUCCUCACUUGUGAGUGGAUGGACAAAACUCUGGGCUCUCGCCUCCUCAACCACCUCCUCAAGUCCCUGCCCAGGUCCUCCGACGAGCGCCCCCCCAGCCAGCCCACUCCCAGGCAUACUGUCCCUCCUCCAGCCGGCCAGGGUAUCCCCGACACACCCCUCAGAGGGCAGUCUCUAUCUGGGAGGCAGGCAGCUGGACAUCAGGAGAGAGCUGCGCUGCACAGCUCCCACCUGGGCAUGCUGGAGAUGUGGAGGCCCUGGUGAAGUGGUGGAUUAAUGACCUUGGUUUCUCCAUUUUUAUUAGACCAUCCUCUUAUUAUGUAUCUUAUAGAUAUGCUGCUCAGAAGACAAACGUGUGGGGCAGUUUUGUUCCAGUGAUUAUUAUUGUAGGUGUGCUUUAAUGAUCCUUUCCUCAGUACUUCCCUUCAGAAGUCGACUCAUUGUAGCCUGCAUUAUAGAAGGCUCUUAUUAAUCUUUUGUGUAUUUAUUGUAUUAACAGCUUUAUUUAUUUGAUAUUAUACAUCAUGACUUUGCUUGUUAGACCACUCGCUUUGCCAUUGCAUAGAUUUUUGUGCCUUCCUCCACUGCUGUAUGAUUAACCUAAACAUAAUAAUAAAACCUAUUUUACAUUUUA